AUGGGACGUGAGAAUCACACUUGCAGCAGUGACUUCAUUCUUUGGGGACUCCUCCUCUUCCCAAACAAGCCUGGUUUCUCCGCCCUUACACCCAUCGUUUUCCUGCUGGCUGCAGCAGAGAGCACAGUCAGGACCCUCCUGACCCGCAGGGACCCGCGCCUCCGCACCCAGUGUGUUCCUGCUCAGCCGUCUCUCUGUUAUGGGGAUCUUGCUCGGCAGCAACAUCGUUCCCCAAAUGGUCGCCAACUUUCUGUCAGGCAGCAGAGCUGUCCCACUCGCAUGCUGCGGCUUCCAGCUGUUUCUGAGCCUCACGCUCCUGGGGGGCACGCGCCCUCCCUUGGCGGCCGUGCCUUAGGGCCGGGGUGUAGCCUCCGCCACCCGCUGCGCCUCCCCGCAGCUCACGGCUGCAGGGUGCUGGCGAUCUGGGACCGUCAGCGCCCUGAGCCACCCAGCUCACGCCCUCCACGGCCCCUUCUGCGGCCCAAGGGCCAUCGGUCACUUUCUCUGGGAAGUCCCUGUCGUGCUGAAGUGCCCUGUGAGGACACAACACGCUGCGAACGAGGGGUUUCCACAGGUGGGACCAUUUCCCUCCUCGUCCCUUUCUCCCUGGUUUCUGCUGCUUACAUGCAAGUUCUCCUUACUGUCCUCCACAUUAAAUCACCAGAGGCAGGGAAAAAGCCAUUUUCUACGUGUUCCUUCCACGUGGCUGUGGCCACAAUGUACUAG